UACUAAGUCACCGGUUUUUUUUUUUUAAAGAAAACUGUCAUUUUAUGGUUUGUAAUCUUACUAAAUAACCAAGCUAAAUAAUCUCCAAACGGAGAAGAACGUUUACUAUUGAAAGACCCGGAGAGCGACGAAGCUGGCCCCUCCGCUGCCUGUCACCAUGCCUGCUCUGCUGGACAGACCGAAAUUGUCCAAUGCCAUGGCCAGAGCCCUUCACAAGCACAUUAUGAGAGAAAGGGAGCGCAAAAGACAAGAGGAGGAAGAGGUGGACAAGAUGAUGGAACAGAAGAUGAAAGAGGAAGAAGAGAGAAAGAGGACAAAGGAGAUAGAGGAGAGGAUGUCCUUAGAGGAGACCAAAGAACAGGUUAUGAAGAUGGGGGAGAAACUGCAGGGACUUCAGGAGGAGAAGCAUCAGCUCUUUCUUCAGCUGAAGAAGGUCUUGCAUGAAGAGGAGAAGAGACGCAGAAAAGAGCAGAGUGACAUCACAACACUGACGUCAGCCAGCUAUCAGCCCAGUUUGGCCAUGCACACAGGGCAGCAUCUUCUCAACAUCCAAGGCAGUCCGGUCAGUCACAGCAGAUCUGGGGCUCUAAUGUCGGAGCGCAGUAAGCAGUUGUUUCCAACACCCGUUAUCCCGGGCCGGCACUACCAGACCCAGCCUGGGUUCAGCACGGCCCCGGCGGAGCACGGUCAGUUCGGCGGCAACCAGUCAGUCCACGAGAGCUACGGGGCGGCCCAGACGCAGCACCCUUCCGGCUACGCCCCUGGCCCGUCUGUACCCGGCAGCUUCGCCGGCAGCUCUCAGAUCAGAGGAGGUGCUUCUGCGUUCCAGGCUAUGCAGUACCUCCCCCUUCAGCAGACCGGCUACGCCGUCCACAGCCACUUCACCUCGCAGCCGGGAUUCAUCCCUGGUGCCGGAAUACCUCUCCAGAAACAGCUGGAACACGCCAACCAACAGUCCGGCUUCACUGACGCGGGUGCCCUGAGACCCAUGCACCCCCAAGCCCUCCACGCAUCCGCUGCUGGCCUUCUCCCCACCCCCUCCAUGGCUGUCCAGAUCCCCAGUCCCAAGGCACCUUUUCAGAGUUCUCCCCAAACAGCUCCCCGCCUCUCCUUCAUCCCCCAUGCCCAGAGUGGACAGAGGUUCUACCACCACAGCAAGUAACCAUGGUUACCUGUCCACACUGAACCUGGAGUUCUAACAGUAUGGUUUCAUUGGCUCACACAAGUCUUUUAGAAAACUGGAAGUAUGGGAUGGUGAACUUGGAUUAUGACAGUUGAUUGUAAAGCCCACACUUUGACACUUGUUUCUGUAGGAUUAGUUCUUGUAUAGUUUUUGUCAGUGCUGUAUUCAGUUUUAGUGGCCUAGAUGUUCAAGGAAACUUUUCUCCCCUGUGAAAUUGUAUAGAGAUUUCAGUUGUAUGUUCUGGAUGUAUUACCUCAGAAACCAUUAUAUCCUCUAAAUAAAAGAAAAAAGCGGACACCA